AAUUUUAGACGUUGGCCCUGCGAUCAUGUCAACGGAACUUCGCCUGCAGUCUCUUCUUUCCGCGAGCUUAGGGCCCCACAUGAAGAGGGUCUUGAGAAAUUUUACAAUUUAGCUUGGCGCUGGAGCGGCCGCAACACCGUGGUUUGUAAAUAAAGUUUCCUUUUCUGGUUUUCUUUCAUUGAAAAACGAACUUCUUGCUUUUUCGUUUCCCCGCGCGAACUCCGCAUUUGCGGUCAACUCUGCAGAGAAGCGUUCAUCCAAGCUGACGACUUGAAAAUAGUUGCUCGCUCCUGCUUUCUUCUGCCUCCAAUCACAUUCCACGAAGAACGUGUCAAAUCUCUCCCACAAACGGCCUUGUUUCGGGCUACGGGAGAGCUUCGAACUCCUCUGCUGUCUUCGGCGGAACGUCGUCGAUCGUGAGUGGCUCGGGCGGUUCCCGGUGACUGUUGCAAGGGCGUGAGGAGACACCACUUCGUGGACGUUUUUACCUGGAAUAAGUCGAGCUGUAUCCGGAGCUUGAUUGCCUCUUUUACGCGUCUCCGAGCUUGCCUCUUUCCGACCGCACGAGGAGCAGGGAAGACUGCAGAGUGCAGACUCUCAGUCGUCACGAACUUGGAGCUCGCCUCUCUGUGUCUACUCCCUCUCAAAACCGCUCUGCCGAACCGCAGAGGGAAACGGCAACUGUCGGGGUUGUGCACUGAGUGAGAAUGCCCCUGGCGUGUCUUCUUUCGUCGCUCUCCGCCGUGCCACACCGCUUGAUCCGAGGUUCUCAGGUGUACGUACAACACCCGGAAGUUACUUCCCUCGGACCGGCGUGGCCGGUUCUGACCGGAGUCUCUUUUCGCGCACUUGUGUGUCCUUCUGCUGUCUUCUCUCGCUUCCUCUCUCCGUCCUUGCUUCGCUUGUCUGCGUCUCCGUUCUCGUGUCGCUUUUCUUCUUUUCCCUGCCUCUGUGUUUCCGGGCAGGCGCCCACUGGUCGCCUUCCCCCUGCUGUGCGUUUCCCGCCCUCAGCUGUCUGCUGUUUUCCUGGCGCGCAGCCGCAUUCGACGCUCUCUGCAACGGUCGCGAUGGCUUGGCGCAACUCAAAAACGGGGAAGGCCCGUAGCGGUCCCUUCAGUCGACCAGUCGCCACCGUCGCGACUGCGAAUCGUCAGCCGAAGCGCGCAGGAAAUGCGCUGAGUGGUGUGCCCUUGCCGCCCACGAUGGGCUUGCCUCUGCAGAAGAAGUUUGGCCAGCACUUGCUGAAAAACCAGGCAGUUCUGGAUAAAAUCGUGCAAGCAGCCGACAUCCGCUCCUCGGACACCGUCCUCGAAAUCGGACCUGGCACAGGUAACUUGACAAUGCGCCUGCUGCCCGUCGCGCGCGAAGUGGUCGCUCUCGACGUCGACGCGCGUAUGGUUAACGAGGUGAAGAAGAGAGCAAUAAGCAACGGGUUUAUGAAUCUGGCUGUCCGGCAUGGAGACGCACUUCGCUCCGACUUGGGCGUCUUCGAUGUCUGUGCCGCGAACCUUCCAUACCAAAUUUCAUCGCACUUUCUUCUUCGUCUUCUCGCACACCGACCGCCUUUCAGGUGCGCCGUGCUCAUGUUCCAGAAGGAGUUUGGGGAGCGACUCAUGGCUCAGCCGGGAGACAAGAACUACUGUCGACUGGCGGCGAACGUCAGCCUGUUUUGUACAGUCCAGCGGGUGUGCAAAGUCGACGCCAAGCAUUUCACGCCGCCUCCCAAAGUCGACUCGGUCGUGGUCAAAGUCGUUCCGCGACCCAAUCUCAUCGAUGUCGACUUCAAGGAGUGGGAUGGACUGAUGCGCAUUUGUUUCGGACGCAAGAACCGAACACUGCAUGCGUUGUUUCGCCGCGCAUCGAUUCUGUCGAUGCUCGAAGCGAACUACAAAACGUGGUGCACCCUGAACAAGUGCGCCCCCACUUCGCAGCCUUUCCGGGAGUUCUGCUUAGGCGUCCUCAGUGCGACUGGCUUGGGCGACCGGCGAAGUGUCACCAUCGACAUCGACACGUACUUCUCUCUCCUUCUCGCCUUCAACAAAAAGGGAAUCCACUUCGUCAACGUAGCCAACUUGCCUGCAGGGGAAAAACCCGGAAGCGGGGCGCCAGGAAACUCCAUGGCUGGCACUGAUGAGAACUUCUUCUACGACGACGAUGAGAAGGACAAGGGUGAUGAUGACGAAGAUAUGUGAGUUGCGUAGACACCCACGGUACCAGCGCUUCUGCCACUCUGCUACCUCACUACCAUUCUGGGUUCGCUUUUUCUUCUGCCCUCUACUUUUCUUUCUGUGUCGAUGGUCUUGGCUUUCCCGCCGUGUGUGAGUAUUCCAACAGUCGAGGAAGCGGGCGCAUCCUCCUUCCCUAGUUUUGCCAGUCUGUCUACUGUGUACCGUGGCAGUUACGUGAAUGUGGACGGAAUACGAAAUCCAACAGGGAGACUUUUGAAACACGCUUUUUCGCUGAGUGAGGCACAGCCGUGACCUUUCAGUUUCCGCCGCGCUACUACUAGAGGCACAGGAAAGGCUGGUUUCCGUUCGAGUCAUCUGCAAAGGUGCAACGUCGUGCAGACCUCGGGUGAAACCCAACUGAGUUUUCGUCGUUGCCGAAGCGGGUUAGCGUUGGAAAUCUUACUCUUGUCGACCAGCGGUAUUGCGCGCCACCGUUAUUGUUCUUUUCCGGGUUACAUUAUAAAAGCGUGAGUCACUCGUAGUGGCGGUGACAGCGAGCGUGCACAUUCAUGAGUUUUAAAGUGGUCGAGCGGCAUCUCCACAUCCGGACGAAUACGCAUGAUCACUCAAAUAUCAGCCGUCUACAUGGCAACUGUUUGAUACGCAGUGCUCUCCGGAACACGACAUUCAGAUAUAACUGUACUACAUAGACGUAUAUCAGUACAAAGAUGAAUAGGUGUGAAUAUAUGAAGAUGUGUACGCAGUGUACCAGAGUGGAGUCCUCGUUAAGUCAACGGGAUGGCUCGCAGCUGAUUGCACAUCUACGGUAUGUUCGAUAUCGACGGUGCGCGGCACGCCUGUCGGCCUCCGCCAUGCGUAGUCAGCUUUUCUGGAUAGUGUAUCUGUGGAAAUGAGAGUUGAGAUGCCCCGAUUGGUAAGUCAUGAUCACAUUUACCUGCAGGUCGUUCGGACAAAACCAAUGGUGAAUACGUUGC